UUUCGUUGAUUAAGGAAGUCGGCAAUCGCUAUAGUAUCUAAGAUAGCAAUAGUAUGCUGGUCAUCCUUAUCCUAAAUCAACUAAACGUAAUAAACUACAAAUUAAAGGAAAUAAAUGCCAAAGUCGUCCACAAACAGGAAAUAUUGAAAAAUCGACUUUUACGAUCGUUACUUUUGUUAAAAAAGAAAAAUUGAAAAAAAAGGAACGAAUGGAAUGAAUUCAAUUGUUGUUUAUAAUAGGAAAGAACUACGAUUGAAGAUUUAUGGAUCAUUCAAGAGACAGACUUCAUAUUUUGGGAACAGUAUCGGAUACAUUUGAUAAUGUAGAGGAUCUAAGGUCAGUUUUAAAAUAUCGUGCGUAUUUUACAACGACAGACACAUUCUUUUGUAAGCAAAUAGGGGCAUUUUUCACUGGUAUCAAGUCGUUUCCAACGGAAAACAAGCUUCCGCUAGAAACCCACUUCAAUCACAUUGAGUGGAAUUUAGCAGAAAGCUUUUUGGUUCAAGAGGGAACUUUAUACACGUUUGAUAUAAUAGCACCUCUUCCCAGGUACACCCCAAGGACGAUUUUUACAGCCGAUGGUGCCAUUCAUUAUGAAUUGACUAUAAAUAUUGUUACCAAUGACAAUUGUCGAAUGCCUAAAGUCACCACUAUCCCAGUUCUCAUACCGUUCACUUUAGAUCCUGACCGUAUGCCCGUUGCACAUCAAAUUCGUUUUGGUCUCCCUUUAAACGAAGACUCCUUUACCAAACUUUCGUUAUCACCGAAAAAGCACAAAGACAUAAGAGUUUUUUUUAAUUAUCCUCAACAAAACUACAAAGGCCCAGGAUGCAUAUGUCCCCUUUAUAUUAAUCUCGAGCUCGUGCAAUUCGACGACGGAAAUAUUCACAGCACAAAUUCUGAAAGAAUGUGCAAUGCGUUGGGUAAUAAAACACCCACAUCUCGUUCUUCAAAAAGCUUACACGAGUCUUCAGAUUCUAUACCAGAUCGUUUGAGUCGACUUAGUCUCGAACUAGGUGAACACAAAUCAUCUCAUGGUAAAAGUCGUGCGUCGUCACCUACUUCAGCGUGCGCCUAUGAAAGGUAUUUUAUUCGUGUUUGUCUUGUCCAAAAGGUCACCUUCUUACUAUUCAAUGGUCCUUUCAGAGUUUCAACAACCGUCCUGUACGAAGAUGGGCGGUGGACUCCUCCAACCGUACCAGGACUUCACUCCAGAGUUGAAUUUAUGGUACCUUUAGAAGAUACGAUUCAUGGCAGUGUAACUGGAAACCCUCAUCUUCUUGUAAAGCAUAAAUUUUAUGUUUCGGUUCAUACUUCAGAACCUUCCAGUGCUCCGUUGAAGUCUAGUUUUUCAUCUACCUCCUCACUUAGAAAAAAAUCAUACUCAUUAUUUUCUUCUUUCCGGUCUAGUUCAUCUCUCGCUUCAAAUUGGCAUGCAGAAUCGGAAAAUACCAACCACCCCCAGUCAUCUAGUGAGUUAUCUUUAAAAUGCUUGUCUCAUUAUUCACCUCGGAAUUCACAAAAGCUGCAUCACAAGCUUAAAAAGUUCGAUUUUAAGCUUCCUGUUUUCAUAUUCCAUCGAAACUUGAGUUCUGAAUUGUCUCAUCUCCCCCCUUAUUCCCGAAAUCGUGAUCCUUAUUUUUAUUUGGAAGACGACGAAGAGGUAAUGUCUUCUAAUGUUUCUUUACAUCAAAUAUCUGGUAUGUUUCAGAACCGCCCUUCAUCAAAACCCUGUUGAUAUUAUUUUAUUUAAUUGUUUUCUUUUUUCAUGUUUAUUGUUGGGCCUACAUUUUAGUCUAAAUUCACGUUUUCCUUUGUUCGAUUUACAACUCCAUUUAUUUUUGAUUUACCAUAUUAUACAUAACUUAUUUUUAAUGAAAUUUAUGUCCUCACUUGA